AUGAACUUUUCUAAAGAGGAUGGAUCACCAGAUUUAACUAAAAGUAAUAUUAUACAUUACUUCAAAACGCGAUCUACUACUUUAUUUGAUAUACCUUUGGUGAAGACAGACAAAAAAGUAUGGCAGAUCUUAAAUCCUAUUCCUGGUUUGAAGGAAAUGACCUUCAGUGAUUGGAACUAUUAUUUUCUCGGCUGGACAGCCUGGAUUAUAGAUGCUAUAGAUUUUUUCUGCGUUUCUGCUGCUGCUCCCGAAAUUGCUGCUACCUUAGGAGUUGAUAUAGUUGACAUAACUUGGGGGAUGACUUUAGUUUUAAUGUUGAGAUCAGUUGGUGCACUUAUCUUUGGUGUAGCUUCUGAUUAUUAUGGAAGAAAAUGGCCAUUUAUCAUAAACUUAGCUAUAUUUGUUGUAUUGGAAAUUGGUACUGGUUUUGUAAAAACAUACAAAGAAUUUUUAGCAGUCCGAGCUUUAUUUGGUAUUGCUAUGGGUGGUAUGUAUGGCAACGCCGCAGCAACAGCUAUAGAAAACCAGCCCAUUAGAGCAAGAUCAAUUUUAUCAGGUUUAUUUUUGCCUGCCUACAAUUUUGGAUAUGCUCUUGCUGUUAUAUUUUUCAGAGCCUUUGAAGAUACAUACAAACCAGGCGAAGGGUGGAGAGCGUUAUUUUGGUUUAGUGCAGGGUUGCCAGUUAUUGUAAUUAUCUGGAGAGUGUUCUUUCCAGAGUCUGAACACUUUUUGAGGUUAAAAACUCAGCGUCAAUUAGAAGCAAAAUAUGACAUUGAACAAUUGAAAUCAAAAAAAAUUAAACAAAGCGUGCUUUCUGUGAUCAAAACCGAAGGACUUAUGUUUGUUUACUUGGUCUUGUUUGCAGCAGGAAUCCAUUUUACAUCUCAUGGAUCAGCAGAUUUGUAUCCAACUUUCUUAGUAAAACAGCACAAUAUUGGGUCAGAUAGAAAGACAGUUACUAUGGUAGUAUGUAAUUUGGGAGCUGUGGCAGGAGGAAUUUUUUUUGGUCAAAUGACUGAAUUAUUAGGAAGAAGAUUAUGCAUUAUUGUAUGCAUGUUGACAAGUGGAGCAUUCAUUUACCCUGCAUUUCUUUCAAAUGAUAUAAGUACUUUAAGUGCUGGGUUUUUCUUCGUCAACUUUGGAAUUGCAGGGGCUGCUGGUGUUGUUCCUUUACACACUUUUGAAUUGCUCAAGAAAGAGAAUCGUGUAAUCUUGAGUGGUUUAG